UUACUCAUCAAAUUAAUCCAAUCGGAAGUUGUUUACCCCAAAAUCUGGAUAUACUAUGCUUGACCGCGUGGGUGCUGCUAUAAGCGUUAAGAACAUAGACACCGGAAACAAACUACGUUCCCAUCCGACGUGGAAGUAGGGUUGUUCUCAUGAUUAAUGGGCUUGGGGCCACUCCGCUAAUGGAACUUAUGAUUGCUGCCGGAAAGGCUGUUCCUAAAUUGCAGCUGGAACAUGGUCUGGCUGUUGAUAGAGUUUAUACAGGGUCAUUUAUGACGUCUCUUGACAUGGCUGGCUUUUCCAUCACUGUGAUGAAGGCAGACGAAGCUAUUUUGGACCGCUUGGAUGCUCCAACUAAGGCUCCAAAUUGGCCUGUUGGUGCUGAUGGUAACCGUCCACCUGCCCAGAUUCCUGUUCCUGUUCCACCGUCGCGUACAACUAAGAAUGAAGAGACAUCGAAUCAGCCCAAACAGCUUAGUCCUCUGGGUCAUAUUCUUGAGGCUGCUAUUGAAGCAGCAGCAACUGCAGUUGUCAAUCUCAGGGACAGUUUAAAUGAAUGGGACAGCAAAGUUGGUGAUGGUGAUUGUGGAUCAACAAUGUUCAGAGGUGCAUCCGCUAUUCUUGAAGACAUAAAGAGUUAUCCACUGAAUGAUCCAGCAGAAACUGUAAAUGAAAUUGGAUCUUCUAUUAGGAGAGUCAUGGGAGGAACAAGUGGAAUCAUAUAUGAUAUAUUCUGUAAGGCAGCAUAUACACAGUUGAAAGCUGAUAGCCAUUCAGUUAUUACGCCCCUACACUGGGCUUUUGCAUUUGAAGCUGCAAUAGCUGCAGUCAGCAAAUAUGGUGGAGCCAGUGCGGGUUAUCGUACCUUAUUGGAUGCUCUUAUUCCAGCAGUGUCAGUUCUCAAAGAGAAAUUGAAUGCUGGAGAUGAUCCGGUUGAAGCAUUUGUUCUCUCUGCUGAAGCAGCAGUUGCUGGUGCUGAAUCAACUAAACACAUGCUGGCACAGGCUGGCCGUUCUUCAUAUGUCUCAACUGAUAUUCUUGCGUCAGUUCCCGAUCCGGGAGCCAUGGCUGCAUCUUCAUGGUACAAAGCAGCAGCCUCAGCCGUAAAGGAUAAAUACCGGGCUUCAUGAGAACAUAUAUCUCGUGGUAACCAUUACAUUCUUCCGGCUAUGUUUUUGUUUUCGAGGAGGAAUAAACUCGUAAAAUUUUGUUCGUAACGAAAACAGUCCUGACUUAAUGAAGCUUUCCGCUUAUGCAGUCCGUGCAUAAAGCAGAGAGAGCAGCAGUAUUAUAUACAGUCGUAUACUAAUUGAGAAUGGUAUACAUACCAGCUCCGUUGUAAUACUGAAUUUAUUAUCGAAAUUUGGCAGGGACCAUUAUGAUCUGGACAUAAUUUCUCUGCGUUUAUUUUAGAUCUGUUAUCCUAACUUUUCAUUAAUACGAAAAAUGUAGCAUUGAUCUUAAA